UUUGUUAAAAACUGCACAAUCCGCGGCCAACAGACAGUAAUUACGUAUGCAUAUUUAAAACUUUUCGGUCAAUGCCGUCAGUUCGUUAAAUAACCGGAAGCUUGCUUUGUUUACAAACGCUGAAGGUCAGAUUAAAAAACAACCCGAAAAACGUAAACAACUGGGGAAUAUCCGAAAGUCCUUGGAAAAUCAAGCUGCAGAAUUAAAUAUCAUCAUGGAUUUAAUGGAAAUAUUGGUCUAGGAGCUGUAUAGCAUAACGAAUAGCCUCACAAUAGGAUGGAAUUUGGAACACAACUGGCUGGGAGGGGAAGAUUUCGACGAAAAUGCUGGCAUAUUACGUAAGGUUGAGUUGAUGUCUUGUGAAAAUAAACUAAGACAACAACCAACUAUAUGUGCUGUCGCCAGUAAAAUCUACUAUACGAUAGUGAGGAAUCGAUGAAAAGUGGAGGAAAAACGUAUCUAUCAUAUAGCUAUGGCAAGGCAAGCAACCAACUUUGAAGGAUUACCACCAGAAGCCUAUUCAAUCUGGGAGUCAUAUCCUUGGAGGUUUGGAAAAGCAUUCUGCAUUAUCAAAGCUUUAUUUGCGGAGAUGACGUCAUACGCAUCUGUCUUAACUAUAACGGCAUUUACAAUAGAGCGGUAUAUUGCAAUUUGUAAACCUCUGAAAUCUCACAAAAUUGUGGCUUUUUCUCGAUGCAUAAAAAUAAUUAUCGCAAUAUGGGUAAUUUCCCUGUGCUGUGCAUUACCAUAUCCUAUACAUACAGAUUUGUUUUAUUACGUUCACGACGACGCUGGAAACCCGAUUCAGGAUUCCCUACAGUGCAAUAUACCACCACAAUAUGAUGAGAGGAUGAUGCAUGUGUUCCAACUGUCCACAUUUGUAUUCUUUGUAUUUCCAUUAACAGUUAUCGUUGUAUUGUAUAGUUUGAUUGGAUGCACUUUACGUAAAGCUGAACUCAGCAGGGAACCAUCACAUAAGCGUUGCCAUGGUAGCGGCCGACAUAAUAGUCAGGGUCAACAUGAACGCAGUCCUACUUUCAUAGCAAGGCGAAGCGUACUUAAGGUUCUAGUUGCCGUGGUGGUGGCAUUUUUCGUCUGCUGGGCUCCUUUUCAUGCUCAAAGACUGCUGACUGUUUAUAACCGACACUGGACACCAUUGUUGUUUGACGUACAGAGCUCACUUUUCUACGUUUCAGGGGUCCUAUAUUUUGUUGGCUCAACAGUAAAUCCAAUUUUAUAUAACGUGAUGUCACGACGUUAUCGGCUUGCAUUCCUGGAAACUAUCUGUCACAGUACAAAUCGACAUACUUACAGCUCAUACAGACAUACAAACGGCGGCACAUCAUUAAAACGGAAACAAAGCAGCCUGAAAGGAUCUCUGAAAUGGAAUGAUAAAGGAUAUAACAAACACGAAGACUGUCACAAACAUAAAACUGAUAUGGAGAAUAGUAGAUAUAAGAGAUUUGUCGAAAGAUGUCGUCAUUACGGAAAUGACGAAAAUUUAGCACAAGCAGACGGAACAAAGGCAUUGUGUGAUGAAACAAAAGAUUGUAUUAAAUUAGAUGGUAUAGCUCGUGUUCGUUCAUAUAAAGGUGGCUUUAACCAGCAAGAAAUUAAACAGGCAGAAAGGAAGCACGCCGCGAAGUGCGCCCAAAAUGGACACGUGGUCGAUUACGUCCAAUUGCGAUGCACCAAUUUAGUAGAUAUACCUCCUCUUUGUUUAGUUGAUAAUAUAUACGACCAUUGUAGUGCAAACGAUUAUUGUGAGGAUUUGAAGAAUGCUACAAAUGAAUCAGUGCGAGCUGAUCAGUGUAAUGAUACUUCUAGUAAGGACUAUGUUGUGAAAACUCAGACACAAAACAUAAAUGGCAGUUGUUCUUGCAAAAACAUUAUUUCAGACAAAAGUGGACUGAAAUCAGAUUCUGAAGGAGUAUUUGUGUAAACGUUUAACGAAUUAAAGCUACGACUGAAAUAUAAGCUUUGGAUAUACGUUUUUAUUUAUGUAUACAAUGUAUGCGACAGUUUUAUUAAAACUAGAUACUCAAGCCAGUUUUAUUACAGAUCUCGUUCACGAUGAUUUCCUUCAUUAUUCUGUUAUUCUUUUCCAAAUUGAGAUGAGAAAGGCGAAACCUUGACACUUAACACCCACCUUGUCCCUAUGUUCAACUUUCUCUUUUUGUACCUUUUUAUACGACAGAUCUUUUACACUCUUCCUACUUUUGUAUUGAUUUGAUUGUAAUAAGGUAAUUAAUUUUGAAUUUGUAUGAUAAUAGAUGCGUUUUGUAAUUUGCAUUUUAAGCAUAUUAAUAACAUCAAUGAUGACAUAAAAGUGAAUAUUUAACUGAGUGGUCAAAAGUAUCAUUAAGCUUUCAUUGCUUUUGGAGAUUACAACAUAUGAAAUGUUCCUGUCCGCUGAGAACAAUAUUGUCCUCUCUUCAUCUUUUAAAUGCAGCACAAAGCAAAGCAAUAAAGCCGAAGAGCCAAUCUUCACACAUUAUCCUGCUGUAUCUAUUGCUGUUGUAAGGAUGAUAAAGAAUGUUUCAACAACAAAUUAAAUACGGUUUGUAACACCAUAAUCAUUGUAGAUCCAUCUAAGGUUUGUUAUCCCAUCAGCCUCCGUGAGGUCAGGAGUUUUGGUGUUUCAGAUCUUUUACUUAAAAAGAGGACAACAUUAGCUAAUAAAAACAAAAAAACCCACCUGAAACUAAAAUUGCUGUUCAGGUAUGAAAAUAAUGAUUGUGUUUAUUACGAGUGAAGGCCUUCAGUCUCUACAUUAUUUAAUCACGCCCAUAUGUUGCAAUCAAAAUGUAAACUGCUAAACUGUUAUUUAUUUCUUAAAGAUUUUUAAUAUAAUUUGUUUCGAGACAAAUAUCUUUAUCUAUAGUAUUGGCGGUUGUUUACCAGUAUCCAUCGAGUCGACUGUUUAAAUAUUAAAACGCUACUGUCAUGCCUUUAAACGCAUACAGAUCAGUUAAUAUGGUAGGUGCGUUUCUGAAAUAAAUAAUUCUAGACUAAGUAUAUAUUCCUGCUACUGACAAGUAUUGGUAAA